AUGGCAAUGGUAGUUAGCAGCUGGAGAGAUCCGCAGGAGGACGUGGCCGGCGGGGGGAAUCCGGGAGGCCCGAACCCGGCCAGGGAGCAGCAGCAGGCUCCCUCCGCCGCCCCGCACACGCCGCAGACCCCCAGCCAGCCGGGACCCCCGUCCACGCCGGGUGCGGCCGGGGACAAGGGGCAGCCGGGUUCAGGCCAGAGCCAGCAGCACAUCGAGUGCGUGGUGUGCGGGGACAAGUCCAGCGGCAAGCACUACGGCCAGUUCACCUGCGAGGGCUGCAAAAGUUUCUUCAAGAGGAGCGUCCGCAGGAACUUAACCUACACAUGUCGUGCCAAUAGGAACUGUCCCAUAGACCAGCACCACCGGAACCAGUGCCAGUACUGCCGGCUCAAGAAGUGCCUGAAAGUGGGCAUGAGGAGGGAAGCGGUUCAGCGAGGACGAAUGCCUCCAACACAACCGAACCCAGGCCAGUAUGCCCUGACGAAUGGGGACCCCCUGAACGGCCAUUGCUAUCUGUCGGGAUACAUCUCUCUCCUCCUGCGGGCUGAGCCCUACCCCACGUCCCGCUAUGGCAGCCAGUGCAUGCAACCCAACAACAUCAUGGGCAUCGAGAACAUCUGCGAGCUGGCGGCCCGGUUACUGUUCAGUGCUGUGGAAUGGGCCAGGAAUAUCCCUUUUUUUUUUUUUCCCCGACCUUCAGAUCACCGACCAGGUGUCUCUUCUCCGGCUGACUUGGAGUGAGCUGUUUGUGCUCAAUGCAGCCCAGUGCUCCAUGCCUCUCCAUGUAGCCCCUCUACUGGCCGCCGCUGGCCUCCAUGCCUCCCCAAUGUCGGCCGACCGAGUGGUGGCCUUUAUGGACCACAUCCGUAUCUUUCAGGAGCAGGUGGAGAAGCUCAAGGCCUUGCAUGUAGACUCUGCAGAAUACAGCUGCCUCAAAGCCAUCGUCCUGUUCACAUCAGACGCCUGUGGCCUUUCAGAUGCUGCUCACAUUGAGAGUCUACAGGAAAAGUCCCAAUGCGCCCUGGAGGAGUAUGUCAGGAGCCAGUACCCCAACCAACCGAGCAGGUUCGGCAAACUUCUUCUGAGGCUGCCUUCCCUGCGUACUGUAUCCUCCUCAGUCAUUGAACAGCUCUUCUUCGUCCGCUUGGUAGGUAAAACCCCUAUAGAGACCCUCAUCAGAGAUAUGUUAUUAUCUGGAAGUAGCUUCAACUGGCCUUAUAUGUCCAUCCAGUGUUCCUAG